AUGACGUCUUCUGUUGAUCCCUUGGACAACAAGUCCGGCUCGCGUAUCACUAAGGCACCUUUCUCGCGGAUAAUACCACCUCUCAACUUUUGCCCCGUUGAAAAGCAGCUCUACCGGUCCGGCCAGCCGUCGUUGAUCAACCAGCUGUUUCUUCAAGAACUUAACCUAAAAACAAUCUUAUGGUUAGCCAGCGAGGAGCCAGUCGAGGACUUUUUGGACUACUGCCUGACCUCCAACAUUAACAUUGAGUUUGUGGGCAUGAUCAACGACUAUAACUACACUAACAUCAAUCCUUGGGAUUCCUUGGACGAGAGGACAAUCACCAAGGCAUUGGAGUUGAUCUGCAAUAAGGACAAUUACCCGCUCUUAGUAUGCUGUGGUAUGGGACGCCACCGGACGGGUGCCGUGGUGGGCUGUUUGAGAAGAUUACAGGGAUGGAACUUGGCCAGUGUGUCUGAGGAAUACCGUCGGUUUGCGGGAGCUCGCGGAGGGCGGAUAUUGGUAGAGUUACUUAUUGAGAGUUUUGAUGUUUCAACAGUACAGGGUAAUCCCGAUAAGCUUCCUGAUUUUUUGAAGUGA